GUCUAAUGUGUGUCUCUGUCUCUCAGUAGGUAACCAGCUAGCAGCCAUGGGGCAUCAAAGCAGGGUAAUCACAGAGGAUUACAAGGUCCCUGACAGGAUGGUUGGCUUCAUUAUUGGAAGAGGAGGUGAACAGAUCACCAGGAUCCAGUUGGAGUCCGGCUGCAAGAUCCAGAUUGCUUCUGACAGUGGAGGUCUGAUGGAGCGGCCAUGUUCCCUGACUGGAACUCCAGAGAGCAUCGAGCAGGCGAAGAGGCUGCUGGUCCAGAUCGUGGAUCGCUGUAGAAACGGUCCCGGUUUCCACGGCGACGGGGAAGGCGGCGCCUCUGUGCAGGAGAUGCUGAUCCCGGCCAGCAAGGUGGGGCUGGUGAUUGGCCGAGGUGGAGACACCAUCAAACAGCUGCAGGAGAGAGCGGGCGUGAAGAUGAUGAUGAUCCAGGACGGUCCGAUGCCGACGGGAGCCGACAAACCUCUCCGCAUCUCUGGAGACCCGUACAAAGUGCAGGCGGCCAGGGAGUUGGUGUUGGAGGUGAUCCGGGAGAAGGACGGAGACUUCAGGUCAGGACGCAGCGACUUCAGCGCCCGACUGGGAGGAGCCAACUUGGAUGUUCCAGUUCCCCGGUUUGCUGUAGGCAUCGUGAUCGGCAGGAACGGAGAAAUGAUCAAGAAGAUCCAGAAUGAUGCAGGAGUCCGAAUCCAGUUUAAAGCAGAUGAUGGCAUCAGUCCAGAGCGUGUUGCCAUGGUGAUGGGUCAGCCAGACCGCUGUCAGCAUGCUGUCCACCUCAUCAAUGAGCUCAUCCAGACCGCACAGGAGCGUGACGGUUUUGGCUCGGCCCUGCGGAGCGGCAGGGUCAGAGGUCGUGGUGAUUGGACUAUGGGCUCUCCCGGUCCGCUACAGGAAGUGACCUACACCAUCCCUGCUGAUAAAUGUGGCCUGGUCAUCGGCAAAG